AUGCGAUACUUUAUUGAAGAGUUGUCUCCAUGGUUUGAUCAUUGUGAUGAGCUGAGGCAGUUUCAAUUAAUCGUUCCUCAACGCGCACGGCAUUGUCCAACUCUUAAAAACGCUAUUUGCGCGGUUUCCUCGCGGCGUCUCUGCCGACUACCCAAAUAUUCGACCUCCAAAGGAAUACUAUAUCAUGGACAGCUGCUACCUCGUUUGAAGAAAUCAAGCGCACUAGAGUAUAUGCUCAAAUGCAUUCCGGAUCUUGUUCAAUUCCCUGAGAUUCGAGAUCCGGUGCAGCAAGAGAACAUCAUGGCCGCCACUGUGAUUUUACGACAAUAUGAGGAGAUGGACGAAGAAAUGGAUGAAAAUGAGAUAGAUACAGAUUAUUAUGAUGACAGACAUGUCAGCUUCUUGGCCAUCACGCAAACUAUCAUUGAUUCGAUGAUUGAGUCCCCUUUGGAAAAUUCUUUGGCAACCGCUGCAUACUGGAUUGUCAUAAGACAAGAGAUCUAUUAUGCAUUUUCGAGAGAGAGUAUUCCACACAUGAGAUUCGAUACCAAUCGUUGGCGGAACACGUCUAUAGCCAACAGCAUUAUAAUGUUCGCUGGCGAGGUUGCCACUUGGUGCUGGGGACAAAAGCUUCCCGGGGAAUGGACACAACUCAAACUUCGGGAGCAACAGCUCGCUCAUGACUGCAUGGGUGAGAUUGAGCCAAUUCUUGAACUUGGCCCAGAUCGUGCAAAAGGCAAAAUAUUUCCGACCGUGUGGUACAGCUUUGAUGUUCAAGUAACUGCCAUUCAACACUUUCGAUUAGCACAGAUGAUCUUGAUCGCAGAGAGUCCAUACCUGGAAAAAGCAAGCCGAGCGACACAUCGCAAAGCCGAGGCUCAAGUACGGUCCAUUGUUUUGAACCUUUGCGGCAUUGCCUUAGGUCAUCUUCGAAUUCAGCCUGCAUUGGUCAACGCCGUAAUUGCAGUUACACUCUACGGAGAAUACUUCACUGAUCCAGAAGAGCGCAAUGCUUUACUUGGAAUCAUCAAUCGGACAAAAGAGCUGCAUGCAUGGCCGAUGAGAAAGCCAUACCAAACUUUGAAACGGCGAUGGGAGGCAGUAGAUAACGCUGAGCUAUGA